UAUCGUACUCUUGGAGUUUCAAAAAUCUCACAAUACAUAUUUAAUUCAAAUAUCUUGAACAAACCAACAACUGAAUCAAUGGCAUCAGCUCGAGGAGACCUAUCGAAACCCAUGCCCUGGUGCAUUCCCAAGGUCUUCCCACGCGGCGAAUACUACAUAACAUUUCGUCCCUGUUACUGUGGCAAUGAGAUGAUCCUGAUACCGAUUCCGAUGUACCCAGCACCCUCGCCGUGGCCGGCGUGCUACUAUCCACCGACUUCCUGUCUAACUAAAGCUGACUGUCAAUGUCGUGAAUGCGCCCCAAACAUCGAACGUCCUCCCUUCUACCCAGAGGACAUUUACACCGUUAAAUCGGAUACUGUGUUGCCUGAGUAUCCAACUUACCCUGAAGUGCAGCCCGAAGCCACCGCCAAGACGCGUCCACGGAGGCGCCGACGAAGAGUAAAAGCGGAGCUUGAAGAAGUGGAGAAGACAAAUGAGAAGCCUUAUCUGUCCAGUGAGAAUCUCGAUCGAUAACAGCUUUCAUUCGUUUGGAAGUUAUCAUUAAUUG